GUAUCGCAUUUUUCUUCCACCGUCCACCGAAAAUCUCUUCUUGCCUCUUCCAAUUCCCGAGACAAUUCGGAGCAAUGGUCCGCCCGGAUCAAGAAGCCAUCGAAACCUUCAUGAGAAUCACCGGAGCUUCCGAAUCUCUCGCCCUCCGCAAGCUCGAGGAAUACAGAGGCAAUGUCAAUGCAGCAGUAAAUUCUCAUUUCAGUGAAGGGUACAAUUUCAAUCAAUAUGUUGCACCCACCUACCCAGAGAAUAACUUCACUGAUGCAAGUGGCGGGAGUCAAGGUGGACAAUAUGGCUUUUGGCCACUUCUUCGUGCUGCCAGAAGUUUCAGACCAUCAAACCUUCUUGAUCCAAAUUAUAGAAGAAAUUUGUUUGACCAGAUGCGUGGAUAUCCAUCACCUGGCCUUCCUUCUUCUAAUUCACAUUCACAACCAGGAGGUAUGGAGCGAAUUCCUUCAGAGUUCAAUAGCUUUCCUGCGCAACCAUCUCAUCAAGCAUGGAGAACCAACUUCGAGGAUGAAAACCCCACUUCAUCAUCCAGGAAUCAAACAAGAGAGAGUGACACCGAGGAUGAAAUGCUUAGAGCUGCUAUUGAGGCUUCAAAACAAGAUUCUGAUCUCCAGCUCUUGCAAAGGCAACUUCAGCAGGAGGAGGAGGAUCUUGCUCAUGCAGUUUCCUUGUCGCUGAGAAUGGCUGAGCAAGAGAAAGCAGGCCGUGAGCUGAUGGUAGAGAACAAAGAUGAAGCUACAAGCAUAGGAAGGAGAGAACCUAGCAACAGUGGACCAAAGGAUUGCGAAGGGAGCACUAGUACUCAUCACCAGCAUGAACAAGGUGCUUCUUAUCCUAAACAGUGGGAUGGCAUCACUUCCAACGAGUUAAGUGAAUCAGUAUUGCUCGAAGCUGCCUUUUUCAGGGGAGUUUCUGACAACUUCUCAGAGAAAAACUCUCUGCCUGCAUCUCAUUUGCAAAAUGAUAAAAUUCAAGGCAAGAGUAAGGGCAGUGAUAUGCAACCUGUGCCGUGCUGUUCAAUACCAUCUUCAUCGACACAGCCACCUCGACAACAACAAAAGGAGACAGUGAGAAGUUUAGCUGCUCAAGAAGCUCAAUUUCCUCCUGAACCAGAAAUAAAUGAUAAAAAUUCAGUGACCCUUCUUCUUCGAUUGCCAGAUGGACACCGCCAUGAACGACGCUUUCUCAAGUCUGACAAGCUUCAGCUUCUUUUCAACUUCAUUGAUGACAAACUAGCUAUGAAGCCUGGCACAUAUAAAGUGGCAAGGCCAUAUCCGAGGUGUACUUUUGGAGUUGAAGAUGGUUCGAUGAUGUUGAGAGAUCUUGGCCUCACUGGCAAGCAAGAAGCCUUGUUUGUGGAGUUAAUAUAGUACAUUUUGUACCAACUACUUUUGAAUUGAGGCCAAUAAUUGAACUGAUGGGUGCAAUGCAGACAGGUGCUCAAGCUCCAUCUAGAUUAUGUAUAUGAAUAGUUGAAAACUAUUGGUGUGUCAGUGGAUAAAAGAAACAAGAGUUCUUUGAACAAGGGGUUGUUUAAGUGAUCUUAAUUUAUCCUACUUGAUGGAUGAUUCUGUUUAAAUCAGUUGACUUGAUUAAAUUCUAUUGCAUGUCAGAUCUGAAGUCUUGACAAAA